CGAUGGACCUCAUGUUUAUAUUAUUUUGAAACAUGGCUAUGAAAACAGUGCUAAAUUUAAGAAAUCAGUUGGAAAAAUUUGCCAACAGUCGAAAACUGUCAUUUACUUCCAACAAAUUAGCUCCAAUAAAAUAUGCAGAACGGAACAACUCAGGAACUUUACUCAAGGUAGAAUUCACGGAUGAUAAGGCAAAUGAAUAUCCAUCGUCCUUUCUUCAAGAUAACUGCACUUGCCCGCAAUGCUUUCACCCUUCAUCUCUAUCCAGGACCAGGAAAAUGACACAACUUAACUUGCAAAACGUGUUGGAAAAAGUCGAAUUCAAUUUAAACCAAGUGAAAUGCACCUGGGGUGAUGGUCAUGAAGGCGUUUUUACUGAAAAUUGGUUAUUCGACCGUCGAUUUACUACAGACAACAUAAAUUAUCUAAAAACAGGACUACGGGAUGAUCCUAUUUUAGUUGAAUCGAGUCAUAAACUACACACUGCCAAUUUCAACCAAGUUCUGAACGACAAAUCCGUCUUGAAUGACACACUAAUGACCCUUUGCAAAGUUGGGGUGGUUUUGAUUCAGGACGGUCCCUUAGAAGUUGGAGGGUUGAGGAAACUUGUAGAUAAAAUUGGAUUUAUAAGACAAACACAUUACGGCCAUGAAUUUACGGUGAAAUCAGAAAAGAACGCUGCGAACUUGGCCUAUACGUCGAUACACUUAUGCGUCCACACUGACCUGCCUUACUACGUUUAUCCCCCUGGAGUCCAACUGUUGCAUUGUAUCAAACAAUUUGUCGGCGAUGGGGGACGAUCCCAUUUGGUGGAUGGAUUUCUUGUGGCGGACAAAAUGCUGCAAGCCUACCCCAAAGAAUUCAAAACCCUGUGCAAAGUUCCUCUCGAAUUCUCGGACGUUGGGAAGGAUUUCAUCGAAUUUAAUAAAGUGCACCACUCGCCGACAUUCGUGCUUGAGCCAAGAACUGGAAAAGUGACACGGAUAGUGUACAGCAACCAACAAUUAAGUUCAUAUCAACCCAUUCCAAUUGAUCAAGUUGAUGAAGUAUACCACGCUUUGAAAGUGUUCACCGAUCUUUGUUACGAUCCGAAGAACUUGAUACAGUUCAAACUCAACGAUGGCGAAAUGCUGGUAUUUGAUAAUUGGAGAUAUCUUCAUGGUCGUGAAGGAUUUGAUCCCUCCGCUGGAGACAGGCAUUUGGAAGGCUGUUACGUUGACUGGGAUGAAAUAUUUUCGAGGAUCCGUAUUUUACAAGAGAAAUCAUGAUUAAUUCAUUGCAUCUUUGUUCGUUAAUUUUGUAAAAAGUAUCUAUAAAACCCAUCAAUAAACUAAUACCUAUAUUUUGAAUUCCCAA